CUAGCUUCGUGAAGCAUCGUUUCCACUUAUCAAAAUUCUAAGGAUUCUUCUAAUUGUCGUAUUACUUAGGAUAUUCAUCUUUGAAUCACGACUAUGGAUGUUGACAUAAAACUGAAGAGGAGUGGCAACCAGUCCUUCGGCUUUCGGUUAUCAGGAGGUGUUGACUUUAGCUUUCCGUUAACUGUCGUCAGGGUGGCCCUUGGAGGUUUGGCCGAUCAAGCAGGCCUACAAGCAGGCGACAUAGUCCACAAAGUAAAUGGGGAAACUGUCCAGCAUUUGAGGCAUACCGAAGUUCUUGAUCGCCUCGUCAAAGCCGGAAACGAAUUCACAUUGUCCGUCAUACGAAAUCUGAAAAUCGAACGAAACGUUUAACGAAAAUGACGCGUUCUUUACGCCGUCGUUACGGCGCGUCCUCUUA